GAAGCUACACCUGUCCUCGUUGACUGGUCAGCCACGCUUUCGACAGCGGCUUCUGCAAGGAGGGAGCAUCCUGCAAGAGGAUGCGCAGUUGAGCCUCCCGACGGACUUGAGCCUCGUGCUUCUGACCUUCGCAGUGCCAGAAGCUGAUUGCCUUCGAAAGCUGUCGGAAGCAAUCUCGAACGAUGACGAGAAAGGUGUGGAGUCUUUUCUUCAGAAGCCUUGCGAUCCAAACUGUGCAGUCAUGGAUGUGGCCUGUUUGUCCCUGGCAGCCUACCAUGGCAGUCUGAAGUCGGCCAAGCUGCUGGUUGAAGCUCGGGCCAAUGUGGCAGGUGGAGAGAAUGGGGGAAUUUCACCUCUUCAUGCCACCUGCCACCGUGGCCAUUCGGAUUUCGCAAGAUGGCUGCUUGAAUCUAAGGCUGAUGUAGCCGGCACGUUUUCAGACGGAAGGCUUACCACCACGGCCUUGCAUCUUGCUUGCGCACGUGGCCAUCUAGAACUCCUCGAGGUUUUGGUGGAUGGAGGGGCCGAUGUCAACCAGUUGCCACCAGGGCAAGGCAGUCUGAGGCCCAUGAUGAUCGCCUGUGCGGGAGGCCAGCUGGAGGCAGCCCGCUACCUGCUGAAGUAUCGGGCUGACAUCGACUGUACUUCAGUGGAUGCUGGGAACGAGGUGUCGGUGGUAGAGCUCUUGGUCGAAGCCGGAGCAGACAAAGAGAAGGCAACGAUCUCUGACCUCUCCCCGCUGGUCGUCGCUACAAUCCUGGGCCAUACCGAAGUCGUGCGCUGCCUUGUGCGAGCUGGCGCCGACAUUGCCCGUCGUUGGCGAGGGCAGGAUGGGAU